GAAGCCGCGACUAAGCAGCCGCGUCCCUUGCCUUCAGCGGAGGCCUAACCCGCGCGCUCCCGGGGGUCGCCCGCCCCACGCUCCCUACCACUAUUUGUCAGCCCGGCGGUGCAGCCAUGGCGUGGCGGCGGCAGCCUGAGGCCGGUGUCGGGGCCCGCGGCGUGCUGGCGCUGCUGGCCUUGGCCCUGUGCGCGUCCGAGGCCUGGGGCCGGGCGCUCGAGUGGUACUCGGCGGUGGUGGGCACAGAGUACGUGGCCCCGAAGACUAACCUGACGGUAUGGAGCGUCUCGGAGAGCGGCCGCUUCGGCGACAGCUCGCCCAAGGAGGGUGUGCAGGGCCUGGUAGGGGUCCCGCGCGCGCCCGACGGAGACCCAGAAGGCUGUGCGCCGGACACGAGCUUCCAGGUGCCGGGCUGCCGGGGGUCCGCGCCCUGGGUCGCCCUGGUGGCGCGCGGGGGCUGCACCUUCAAGGACAAGGUGUUGGUGGCGGCGCGGAGGAAUGCCUCGGCUGUGGUCCUCUACAACGAGGAGCGCUACGGGAACCUCACCGCGUCUAUGUCCCACGCGGGAACAGGAAACAUAGUGGUCAUAAUGGUUAGUUACCCAAAAGGAAGAGAAAUUUGGGAACUGGUGCAAAACGGAAUUCCAGUGAAGAUGACCAUUGGGAUUGGCACUCGUCAUGUACAAGAAUUCAUCAGCGGUCAGUCUGUGGUGUUUGUGGCCAUUGCCUUCAUCACCAUGAUGAUUAUCUCAUUAGCUUGGCUAAUAUUUUACUAUAUACAGCGUUUCCUAUAUACUGGCUCACAGUUUGGAAGUCAGAACCAUAGGAAAGAAACUAAGAAAAUUAUUGGCCAGCUUCCACUUCAUACUGUAAAGCAUGGAGAAAAGGGAAUUGACGUUGAUGCUGAAAAUUGUGCAGUGUGUAUUGAAAGUUUUAAAGUAAAGGAUAUUAUCAGAAUUCUGCCAUGCAAGCAUAUUUUUCAUAGAAUAUGCAUUGACCCAUGGCUUUUGGAUCACCGAACGUGUCCAAUGUGUAAACUUGAUGUCAUCAAAGCCCUGAGAUAUUGGGGAGAGCCAGAAGAUGGACAGGACAUGCCUGCUCCAGAAUCUCCCAGUGGCAGGGUUCUGGCUGCAAAUUUGAGUCUGACUUUGCCAGAGGAUGAGAGAAGUGACGGGAGCAGUCCGCCCUCAGCUCCCCCUGCUGAAUGUGAGCUGCCCUGUGAUGCCAGCUUGAAAGGAGAUGCGGGGGAAAACACAGUGCUGCUCGGGAUAUAGCCUUUCCCAAAAGACUGCUCCCACAGCUACUGAGGAAUGAUGACAAUAAAAGGCCGAAUUGCAGUGUCUCCAUCAGCAGUUUGCUCUCUGUGUGGGCACACGAUGACAAAACCUCCUGAAGCGACCCACUGGUCUGACCUCAGUAACAUCAGGAUGGAAGCUUCAUGCCAUGGGAGUGGUCGUGAAAGGCAUCCCAAAGACAGCUGAGCUUUUUUUUUUUUUUAAGAAAAAAAUAAUCAGCCUUCAGACAACACUGGGGCUUGAAUGGGUAGUGAUACUAGUCUGUGUUCCAUAAGGUACAUUUACUUGAACCAAGGACUACUAGAAGUUUAAAGAUUAUAAUAAUAAAACCUUUAAGAAUAGGUGUGCAUCCCAUACACUAGAAAUGAGAUAUCCAGUGUAAUUAAAUUCCCCAGUAAAAUACAGAGUGUGCCCAAAAAUAUUUAUACACAUGUUAAGAAAGGAAAAAAAUUAUAUUAAAAGUG